GCGGGACUUCCGCAUCACGUGACUCUCCUCCGCGCCUGCGCAGACGGCGAGAGCAGCGCCGCGAGGGGCAGAGCGUGGUGCUGGCGCGGGGCUGAGGACAUGGCCAAGAGCCUGAGGAGCAAAUGGAAGAGGAAGAUGCGGGCGGAGAAGAGGAAGAAGAACGCUCCCAAGGAGCUGGAGAGACUGAAGAGCAUCCUGCGGACUGGCGCGGACGUCGUCAUGGAGGAGGUCAAGGAGGUGGCGACCGUGCUGCCCGCCCAGGAGGUCCUGGAGAAGCAGGAUGACUGCAAAAUGGACAUAGAUAAUAAAAGAAAUAAAAAAACUCUCCUAGACCAACAUGGACAGUAUCCAAUAUGGAUGAAUUCCAGGCAGAGAAAGAAGCUUAAGGCACAGCGCUUGAAAGGAAAGAAAAAAUCAAAGUUAGCCAAAGGCCUAGCCUGGUAGAUUCAAAUUUUGUGAGGUUGUGAAUGUUUUACUUUUCAAAAUAAAUAUUCUGUACCAGCUACAUAUA